AAUCAGGGCGACGCCUUCGUCUUGCCCGGGACUCGUGAGGUAACUUGCUCCUGGGAACCAUGACCAUGGCGUCUGGCUGCAAGAUUGGCCCGUCCAUCCUCAACAGCGACCUGGCCAACUUAGGGGCCGAGUGCCUCCGCAUGCUGGACUCUGGGGCCGAUUAUCUGCACCUGGAUGUAAUGGACGGGCAUUUUGUUCCCAACAUCACCUUUGGUCACCCUGUGGUAGAAAGCCUCCGAAAGCAGCUAGGCCAGGACCCUUUCUUUGACAUGCACAUGAUGGUGUCGAGACCGGAACAGUGGGUAAAACCAAUGGCUGUAGCAGGAGCUAAUCAGUAUACCUUUCAUCUCGAGGCUACUGAGAACCCAGGGGCUUUGAUUAAAGACAUUCGGGAGAAUGGGAUGAAGGUUGGCCUUGCCAUCAAACCAGGAACUACAGUUGAGUAUUUGGCACCAUGGGCUAAUCAGAUAGAUAUGGCCUUGGUUAUGACAGUCGAACCUGGGUUUGGAGGGCAGAAAUUCAUGGAAGAUAUGAUGCCAAAGGUUCACUGGUUGAGGACCCAGUUCCCGUCUUUGGACAUAGAGGUCGAUGGUGGAGUGGGCCCUGACACUAUCCAUAAAUGUGCAGAGGCAGGAGCUAACAUGAUUGUGUCUGGCAGUGCCAUUAUGAGGAGUGAAGACCCCAGAUCUGUGAUCAACCUGUUAAGAAAUGUUUGCUCAGAAGCUGCCCAGAAACGUUCUCUUGAUCGAUGAAAGCACCAGGAGUCCAGUGUUUCUGCCCAUGAAAUCCUUUUAUUGGAGAACAAGAAUACUGAUUACCAAAUCAUACCACAAUUUAGGCAGUGCUGCUUUUCUGAGCAAUUAUUCAUUCCAGUGACUAGCAUCUAUUGUGCAGAAUAUUCCAAGAGGUUAUAAAUUGUUAUGUAUUGCUUUAGUGAUGAAAUUUAAAGAUUAGUGUGGCGAAAUAUCAUUUUUACUGGGAGACUUGAUUUUUAUAAACAGUAAAAAUGUGGUGGCUGUAUUAAGGUUAUAAAAAUAUGUCUUCUAGGGAAGGCAUAUUAACUACUAUGAAAAAAUGUUUUUCUCCAUUUAAUUUUCUGUUGUUUCUCAACUGUUUUCCAAAAGCAAAUUAAGUCCUUAUGUUUUCUGUUCUGUGUCAUUUUUGAUUUGUGUGUAUAUGUGAUAAUGAGUAGAAAAAAACUUAGGAAAAAAGUCUAAGUUUGAAUCGGGCUGGGAUGGCAUACUGUAUUCUUCUUGGUUUUAAAACAUCUAUUAUUUACUUUGCACCUUAUAUUUUAUAUAUGUAAACAAUGUGUGAAGCCCAGGGAUUUUCAGGUGAUCUGUCCUAAAAUACAAGCAUAGAUUUUUAUCAGGGCGUGAUCUUGGCUUUGCUGCAGGGGCAGGUUAUUCAGUGAUUUCCCUACCACCACCUCAUCCUCAGUCACACCCCCAGUUUUUAAGGACAUGAGAUAAUGUGCUAGCUCCAAGCAAAAAGGAAAGCCUCUAUUUAGAAGUAAAAUUGGAUUGACUGUUCUGCUUUCCAACUAUUUGACCUAGGCAAAUCAAAUCAGUCAACCUCUUUGAACUUCUAUUAACUGAUUUAUACAUUGAAUGUAAUAAUUAUAACAACUCUGCAGGGUUGUGUUGAGUAUUAAAAGAAAUACUAUUAUAUAUGUAAAACUUCUGCUACUCUUCCUAGAAUUGUAGCAUAGAAUUGAGUAGGUAUUAUUAUAAAGUUUGUGUUUUGUAGGUUAUAAAGUACUUUGAUAUAAUCUCAUUAAAUCUGUAAGUCACUCCUUUGAGUGGGCAGACAGGUAUUUUUGUCCGUGUUUUAAAAAAUGAAGAUACUAAAGCUCAGCAACAGGCUGCUAGCAUGGAAAGGAUCCAGUAGGGAUUUCUGGUUUAUACUCUUUAUAGAUGGAGGCCCUGGGAGGUGGACUAGGCAAAGGGAGUUCCCUUUACUUACCAUUGUCUUAUUUCCCAUCUAACUUGACCCUGUAGCAGAACCAGAUGGCUGAGGAUAUCCUGGAACUGUGGAUUUUGACUCCAAGGAUAUAUAUUUUAUUAAUCCAAGAAAGACCAGGUAGGCUAAGAGAUGGGAGGGUACAGAGUCAAUCCAUAAACUAAGUGUUUAUAAUUAUGUCCCAAAUUAUUCUUUGACAACAGAUGUGUGUGAACCACUUCAUUAUUGUAAAUACUCUUGCUGUGUAAUACAUAUAGCAAGAAAUAAUAGGAGCAGUGUCAUUAAACUUAUCUAGGCUACUGUGAGUUUUAAGAAAAAAAAUUUGAAAAAUAAGAUCAACACAUAUGGAAUAGAGUUUGCUUGGUUUUUCUGACUUUACAAGGUAAAAGUGUGUAUCUUAAUGUUGUUUAUUUUGGUGUGGGAAAGUUUUGUGCCAUGAAUAGAUGGCAUUUAAUCAAAUCAGACAACAGGCAUAUAGAAAUAACUUUAAUUAAAAAACUUACAUAGAAGAUUAUAAUAUCAGACAUGACAGAAAGAUUUAUUUGCCCGGACAACUUGGGUUUGUCUGGCAUUUGUUUUCUUUUUUAAAAAAUAAAUGUACAGUAAAACUACAAGCAAAAAAUGGUCAGUAUUGAGUUUGAAUUCUUUUUCUUUAAAGGGAUUAGCAUAAUUUCUAAUCCCUAACAAAACAGUGUCAAAUCCUCCAAGUCUAGGCCAGAUGGCCAGGAUUGUCGGUUAUUUGGGUACUACAACUUGGAAAACCUUUUUUUACAUGAGAAGGAACGAUUCAUAUAAAUUGUCCUCAACUUUUACACAGGAAUAGAAAAUGAUGUCAUAGCUUCAAAGGGAAUUUUCCUUAAUGUACACCCCAAUAUCCAAUAUUGAUAAUAUUGAAGCAUUUCCUUUAAAAAGGUUUGAUUCUCACUCUAGGAUACAAGUAAGAAUAGAUGCUUAUUUGAACAGAGUAAGCUAUGGUAAAGAAUUACCAAUUAACUAGAAAAAUAGUAAUAUUUUUUAUACUGACAGAACUUUCCUGUGUUGCUUAUUUUAAGUUAGUGUCUUCUCUUCAUGAGGUACAU